AAACGGUGGAUAAAAGAGGAAGGAAAAAUCGUAGAAAUGCGGCAGGGGUCGUCAAGAGCAGAUGGGCCAAGGAAAGAACCCGUCAAGAUAACAGACCAGUAUGAUUCAGGACAUUAUCCAUUCCUCAUGCUAUCGCCAGAAGAACUGCACAGCUAUGAAGUCAUACAACGAAAUGAGUUGCACAAGCUACAUCCUUUUGAACAUCCAGUCCCUUUCAUCGGGAUAGAAGGAGGCCGAUCUGGGCGACUGAAAACUUUCGAGGAUGCUUAUAAGUAUCUCGGCCAACAGACCCAGACUUUCCACAUUGGACAUCCACUUGAACCCUCUGAACCCUCUACAAAUAACAAGAUGGAAAAGCCAGUACAACUUCCAGAUCCUAAUUCCACAAGUUCCUACCUGAGAGACCCAAAGUCUCAGGGGAUAAUCAAGAAAAUGACAGCACAAGAAGUUAACUCUUGGCUUUACAGCCUUUCGCCAAAGUAUGAACCCAGAACACUUUGUUCAACAGAGCGAAAUCCUUUCUAUCAUGAGUUGACGACGUGUGUUGCCUUUAUAUGUCAGCAGAUGAUGGCUGCAAAUGAUAAGCUCAAGUCUGCACUUCCAGUCCGGGUCGAGUUUGGUUACGACCAACCUUUCCAAGGUGCCCCCCAACAAUGGGCCAUUAAACUUUUGUUCACCACUGACAUAGAGAUCCUGCUUCCAUUGGCACUAUGUCUAAAGGGUUCUGUUAAAGAUGAAGUCGCUCCCGACUCCCUCUAUCUUCAAGGCUGGACUAUAGACCAUGCCUUGUUGCCUUGCACAGGGCAGAAAAGGAUAAGAAAAAGGGAGAAGUCAAUCAAGUACAUGCAACAAUUUUACGAGAACUCACAGCCUAUUUUUGACAAGUUCAGGUUGAGUCCAGUACUGUAUAUCACAGAUGUUGAUAUGCUGUUUCUUAGAACGCCGGGUUGGCGGCCGCGUCGGUUUUCUGCAAGGUGGACACUAUACAGUACAAUCCUCCACACCAGCUACCGAUUCAAGUCUCCACUAAGCCCUGUGUAUGGAACAUAUAUGGAUAUUGGACUAAUGGUUGAUAAAGUCCUUGAAAAGGGAUCACAAGUUUCUUUCAUAGUCCCACCUAAGCACCCCUUCCAGCUCGUCAAACUGAGCCAAUUUACACUCGACCAUGGGACUUCUGAGAGUAAUAUCCUGUCAGACUCGCUCCACCAGUUUACUGCUGGUGAUACUUCGUCUCAUAUCACUUUGCGAUUCAAGGAUAUUGAAGAUUACUUCUACCAUGAAAGCGCAGUUCCUGACUCUGAAGGAAUAUACCGUGAAAGAUUACACCAUGCGCUUAAGUCGAGCGUGGAAAGAGGUUUCAAUUUUGUGGACAACAAGAGAAAGUGCAUGUUUUAUACGUGCCCGGAGCCUCCAUGGUCCUCAAGAACGUACUACUGUCGCUAUCACUCUGGCGCACUCAUCAGGCAUUUCUUCGACCUCACUCCUUUAUCUAUUGACGUAUCCACAACCGCACAUUCGGAACUGGAAUUAUCGAUCACAGACAGCACACGAACCACCUUGAAGGAACUCAAGACCAUGUUCUUGAGGCCUGAGAAUACUUGGAUCAUGGACUUUGAGUUUAUUUCCAUGCCGGUUAAGUACUCACCAAUCCCACUACAACUUGCAAUCAGACAGAUAGAUGGAAAGCUGCUGUAUUCGGGUAAUGUGGACUACAAAUUGUCCAUGAAGGACUUGGUCGAGAUUACUUCACCGUAUGUCUCAGACAAGCAUGGUAUGAUGGGUACACUAUUCCUGAGAUGCUAUGGAGGUCUCAAAACCAAUGGUGAGACGCCUCCGAAGAUCAGAGACCACCUUCGAGAUGUUUGCGGCUACGACAAAGACAAAGUUCAGCUAUUAUCCUGGUUUUCUGCUCAUGACAUGCAAUGCUUUCUCAGAAUCCUUUCGGGGAAUGAUGGCUUAAUCCAAGACAAGAUGUCUCAUCUGAACGCAUCAAAUUUUCAAUCGAUCAAUGUAGGUAAGCUAUGCCGAGACCUCUUUCCAGGGCUCGCCUCGGGCAGACUUGGGACAGUGCAUCAAUAUCUCGGGAAGAAUACGGAUUCAUCCAGCGGAGAAGAUUACCAUAACGCCUCGUACGAUACUGCAGCGAUGGUGGACAUUAUCAAUGUUCUCGUGGGGUUGGUUUAAGUCCAUUUUGGAAUCCCUGGCACAGAUCAGAAAGUCGACCUAGGAGAAAUCACUAGAUUGUUUCUUAGCCAGUUAAUUGGAAAUAGGGUCAGAUGACAGAGUAUGGGAUAGGGGGGAAUAAAUACGUAUUAUGUUGUAUUGGGUACAUACAUAGUAG